AUGAAUGGUUAAGUUAACUUUUAAUUCAACCCAUAGUGCAUAUAGUAUGCUCAACUAUGUAGAUAAGAAUGUUAACUUGCUAGUUACAAUAUGGAGUAUAAUUGUAGAGUAAAUGCAACUCUAUCAUGCUCAUGUGCACAUUACCCUCCUUAAACGACUACAACUACUAGAAGAUAGGGCAAUACAACCUAAGUAAUUUUAGAUGGUUUUAGGAAUCUUGGAACUAAUCUACCAGUCAAGCCAGCUAGAACUGCUGCUCCUAUUCCAUUAAAAAGAAUUUUAGAGGCUCCAUUAACAAGUUAAAUUGCCGAUAGUAUUUGA